AUGAAACCAAUCAGCAUCAUCGCCUUAUCCAUUGUGAGCUUGGCUGCCUUAUGGCAGUGCAGCCUAGCAGCUGUGAUGGCUGAAGGUGUCAUCUCGACAGGUGAUCCGUACUUGCAAAUUAAUCCAUCGGCAGGUAAACGCUCGGAAGCAGUGGUUGCCACAGCUGCAGCUAUGCCAUUGAAUCAGAGAUUCUAUUUGGGUACUGAAAAGCUCUCUUGGUAUGAAGCCAACUAUUAUUGUGGUCUAGGCAACUUGAAACUUGUGCAAUUGACGAAUCCAAGCUUAGAGGCGGAAUUGAAAGGUUUCCUAAGCUACUAUGGUUUGGAAAGUAAACAUUAUUGGACUGGCGGCAACCGCUUUAAUACGCAACACAAUUGGAGUUGGGGUCUGACUAGCUACACCAUUAGCUACAGCCACUGGGCUUCCCAACAACCCAGCAACUAUACGACUGAGAAGCACUGCUUGAAGCUGUGGGGAAAGACCAAUGAGUGGUUAAGUGAAGAUUGCGAUAUUGCCUAUGAUUUUAUUUGUCAGAAAUAUUAA